AUGCUCCGCCCCUUCCUGCUCCUCGCCAUCAUAUUCACAGCGACAGGGUUCGCGCAGGUUCAAAAUAUCUUCAUCAAGUCCGGCGGCGCCACCAACAACAGCAAGAUGUCGGCGUCCAACCCUCUGAACGUGUUUCGACAGCCUCUCCAGCUCUUCUCGAUGCAACCCAGAACAGGCUUCUACCGGGAUGGGUACUGUCGCACGGGCGCCGCGGAUUUUGGGAACCACGCCGUCGCUGGCAUCGUGAGCGAGAAAUUCCUGGAUUUCUCGGCGGAGCAAGGGAAUGAUCUUCGGGUUGCGGGGUUGAGCGAGGGCUGCAAGUGGUGUUUGUGCACCUCACGGUGGAUGGAGGCUUUUCAGGCAUACAAGGACGGCCGCAUACCGAAGGAAGCCGUGCCGAAAGUGCAACUGAGCGCGACUGAGGACAGUGCGUUGAAUAAGGUGGACUUGAACGACUUCAGGGAGUUUGCGGUAAAGGAGGAGUCAACGAAUGGAGCGAAUGGGGUGCAUUGA